ACAAUGGAGCAGGGAAUGCUGCUCCUGCUGCAGGCAACCGCCCUGGCCUGGACCCAGACCCGUGAGGGCUCACACUCGAUGCGGUAUUUCUCCACUGCCUUGUCCCGGCCUGGCCAGGGCAAACCCCUGUACAUGGAAGCCGGCUACGUGGAUCACAAGCAGUUCGUGCGCUUUGACAGCGACGCGGAGAAUCCGAGAUAUGAGCCGCGUGCGCCUUGGAAUGAGCUCCAGGGGCCUGAGUAUUGGGAGCUACAGACAAAAGUCGCAGAGGGCCAUGAGAAGAGUUUCCAAGUGAAUCUAAGGACCCUGCUUGGCUACUACACACAGAGCAAGGGUGGCUCUCAAACGUUCCAGUGGAUGUAUGGCUGUGACUUGGGGUCAGACCAGAACCUUCUCCACGGGUACUAGUAGUAUGCCCACUAAGGCCGCGAUUACAUCAUCCUGAAGGUUGACCUGAAAACCUGGGCGGCGGUAGACAUGGAGGCGCUCAUCACCCCACGCAAGUGGGAGCAGGCUGAAGAGGCAGAGCAUUACAAGACCUACCAGGAGAGCACCCGCGUGGAGUGGCUCCAAAGAUACCUGGAGCACGGGAAGGAGAUGCUGCUGCACACUGACCCCCCAAAGACAAAAGUGAAGGAUCAUCCCAGACCUGAUGGUGAUGUCACCCUAAGGUGCUGGGCCCUGGGCUUCUACCCUGCUGACAUCACCCUGACCUGGCAGUUGAAUGGAGAGGAUCUGACCCAGGACACGGAGCUUGUGGAGACCAGGUCUGCAGGGGAUGGAAACUUCCAGAAGUGGGCAGCUCUGGUGGUGCCUUCUGGAGAGGAGCAGAGAUACACAUGCCAUGUGGACCAUGAAAGGUUGCCUGAGGCCCUCACCCUGAGAUGGAAACCUCCUCAGUCCAUCAUCCUCAUUAGAACCAUUGUUGGUGCUGUCCUCGGGGCUGGAAAAGAUGUGUCAGGGAGCAAGCAGGCCUGGUGA